CGUGCUUUAGGUAUAAAAAAAAAUACUAGGAUGUGAGAAAUAAUGUGAACAAACCUACUCUCUUUACCAUUGUUUUCUUUCCGUGAUUAUAAUUUAAUUGCGUAAAGCGGCAAAUUUAAGUUAACAAUGAAAAAGAACUGUUCAGUAACCAUAAGUUAUUAUGAAAAUUAUUUUUAUUUCUUGAUGUGGUCGUGUGCUAUCACUUAUUCCGUAUAUCAGUUUUAUUUGACAAAUGAUUAUUUCAAUGACUAUUACGAUGCAUACGGUGAUUUUGAUUCAGGAUGGGCUUGGAUUGGAAAGAAAAGAGAUAUUUCUGAUCAAGAAUGGCUUGUAUGGCUUGCAUUAGUGAAUAGACUAAUACCCUAUGUUUUUAUACAUAAUUUUGUCAGUCAGAUUAUUAAAGUUAAUAGUAAUAAUAUGUUGGGAUAUUGCAUGGGACAAUUUUUUAAUAAAUAUGUAGUCAUUUAUGGAACAUGUAGUAGCUUAUGUUAUUUAGAUAAUGUAAAAGCACCAUCACAACCUAAAUGCAUAGCUAGAAUUCAUUUAUAUUCUGAUAUGUGGAAACAUUUUGAUAGAGGAUUAUACAAAUUUCUUGUAAGAUAUAUUUAUGUUCCUAUACAAAAAUCAAAUGGAUAUUUUGGAAAACUGUAUGCAUCAUUUUUAUGUUUCACAUUUGUUCUUAUAUGGCAUGGAAUACAAAUAAAUAUCUUAAUUUGGGCAAUGCUGAAUUUUAUUGGAAUAGUAAUUGAAGAUAUAGGAAUAACAAUUGGCAAAAACAAACAAUAUCAUAAAAUACAAGAUGUAUAUUUAUCUUCAAGAAAUAUUAAGAGAUUACAUUGCAUAUUAGCAAGCCCUCUUUUAGCAAUGUCAGCCAUAUCUAAUUUUUACUUUUUGGGUGGACAAGAAAUUGGAAAUAUCUUCAUUCAGAAUAUACUUUAUGGAUCCUGGAAAAGUCUAUCUAUUUUAUUUUUUGUUCUUUACUGCUGCUGCCAAGUUUCUACAGAUGUCAAAAAUUGGGAAUUACAUCGCAUCAGAAGAUAUGCAAUAAAAUUUGAAUUGUAUAUUAAGUGAAUAUGUUUACAUAUAUUAUUAGAAGUUUUAUAAAGAAGUUUUAUUGAUCUGCUCCA